AAAAACAAAAAAAAAGCUAAGUUUUUUAAAGCCCAAACUGCUAGAUUAGUUUUUCUUUUCACUCCAUGUAAUGUUUGCAGUAUGUGAUUUCAGAUACUUAUUUUAAGUGGGCAAACGUUGUACUUACUAACAAUUUGGCAGGUUGUUCUCACAAGUACAAAUCCAUCAGAAUUAUGUAUCAACGGAAUGUCAUUUUCUAGAAGAUCAUCUAAGUGGGCUAAUGCUGCACUUGUAGUCACUGUUUCACCAAAGGAUUUUUCUGCUUUAAGUUUAAAUGGACCCCUUGCUGGUGUUCAGUUUCAGAGAAUAUUUGAACAAAGGGCAGCUCUGAUGGGUGGGGGAAGUUUUGUUGUACCUGUACAAACAGUGACUGAUUUUCUUGGUAACAAAUCAUCAGUAGCUUCACUACCAUCAUCAAGUUACCGUUUGGGAGUGAAAGCAGCAAAUCUUCAUGAAUUAUUCCCCAGCCAUAUAACUGAAGCUCUGCAAAAGUCAAUUUUAAAGUUUGAUAAUGAGCUACCAGGGUUUAUAUCCAGCAGUGCCCUUCUUCACGGAGUUGAGACAAGAACGAGUUCUCCUGUUCAAAUCUCCCGGACAGUACAUACUUUCGAGAGUACCUCUAUGAAAGGGCUGUAUCCUGUGGGGGAGGGUGCAGGCUAUGCAGGUGGGAUAGUGAGUGCAGCUGUUGAUGGUAUGCAAGCUGGUUUUGCUCUGGCAAAGAGUUUGGGUCUUUUUGAGGGCGACCUAGACUCAAUUUUGGGAAAGGGGCACAAUAGUGAUGGAGUUGGAAAGUACUGAAAUUUAUGGAGGAUCUCUAAAGUGCGACCAGUUCAAGGCUUUUACAUAUGAAGAUGUCUCGGGUAUCUUUUAACCUUGCUCGAUUAGUUCUCCUCGUUUUUCUUAAUAUCAUAUGUUGGUGUUUGGUUUAUCUGAAUGUAAUAAUCGUAAGUGUAAUGCAAGAUUUCAACAAGAUGAGUUUUUGGUUCCUUCAAAAUUCUUUGGUACUCUGAGAUUCCAUGAAAUGUGAAUGAAAAACUUGAGAAUUU